CUUCUGCUGAAUUUGUUUGUUCACUUACCAAAAAAAGAACAGUCUCAAAUUUUUAUGGUAGUUUCAUUGAUAUUCUCUUUCUCUAUUAAAAUGAAACACACGCACAUUACAUAAAAGUCGGAAUUUAUUUGCAGGUCAUUAAGUCAGAUGAGUAUUUGAGCCCCUGUAACAAAGCCAGAAUACAAUCAAAUGAAUCAAUUAGAUACUUCUGUUCUCAACUUGUUUUGUGCAUUAAGCACACAUAACAAGAUCCCACAGAAUCAGUUUCUUUCAUUCCUACAUCUCCACCACCGUGGGAAACACCAAAGGACCUCGUGGAUAAGAUUGUAGACUGGCACAAGGCUGGACUGGGCUACAAGACCAUCAGCAAGAAGCUUGUCAAUCACCUGAAGGAAGCUGGAGCCACAGUUAACAAAACAUACCUGAUCAUGGAUCUCCUCAGCAGUUUGGAAAUCUACAUCCCUGCGGAGGCUGAGGUGAAAAACAUCCCUUUGUCGACCUUGCCAAAGUCUGUACUCAGAAGAAUGGGCCUCCCUCUACUGAAUGCCUCCAGGAAUCUUGCAGACUCUCCAGAAGGCAUAUGGAUUUCUCCAGCAGUUAUACGAAAGAAAGGCCAGAGACACACAGGAAGUGCAAUAGAUAACAUGACCUCAGUGCUGGGCAAAGAGUUGCGCACUUCAAGGGGUCCUUUUCGAAUGUCGUUUGUUUCCUCAAACCGUGCAGCUCAUGAGGUGCUGAAGGGCACCGUUCCCAAGGCACCUCUGUGUCAAACCUCUCAAUUCCCUUCGGACUCUGCCCCGCGAACCGGUCGAGAUGCUGUCGUCAUCUACCGUGGGCAAGUUUACUUGUCCAUCAGAAUGCCUAGUCGUAGCCAUAGUCAGCGUGGGAAACAGAUGACUUCUCAGCCUGUCACUCCUUCAACGUCCCACUUGUCUUCAAAGAAAAGGAAAAAGACGAUGCUAAGCGACAACAAGCCCAAGAAAAAGCACAACAUAUGUAAAGUAAUGCAUACAGAAAACAAGAAGGAUGACGCACACAGGACAAGAGAUGUUCACUUUCUGCCGAAACCCACUGAGAGUGAGUGUGAAGUGGGCAGCCAGUGUCCUGCAGAUUCGAGAGGAGAGCUGCUCUCAGAGGCCCCCCUGAAAACAGCUUGCUUUCAGCCUCACAGGGAGCCAGAGGAGGAUCUGGCUGCCGAGGAAGCAGACGGCCCCCGUGAGAACAAUGACAGAGGUGGUAGUCUACAGAUGGACAUCAGGGAAGUUGACCAAAGUAGCAGGGGCAGGGUGGAGCCCCUGGGUGCAGCUGCCGCCUCCACAUCACUGCAGAUGGACUGUGACUUUAACGAGUUGGCACAGGAGGAGAAGAUUGCUCAAAUGAGAGCCAAACUUAGACAGAGCGAAGCUGCUCUAAACUUGCUUUCUUAAAGUGACCUCACAUUUGAUAGCCUUUUUGUACUGAAUGUUUAGAAUAGACUUUUAUACAUUUGUCUUCUGUGAACACAUGCACAUUAAUAAAAGUGGUAUCGAUGGGCUUAUGUGUUUGGUGAUCCUUUUUGUUUUAUUUAGGCGUCCAAAAACAAAGAGAUGUUGUACUAGUGUGGUGUUCUCUUCUCAUUAGGUGCAGUUUAUAGCAACGUCUUCAAUGUUUGGAUGUUUUUGAUGUGUUAGUUCUGGUCAAAAAUCAUUUCCUUUUGAUAAAACCUCAAUCCAUAACAGCGUAUGGUUUGAUUAUUUCAAGCUGUAGUUUGGUAAGGUCCCAUUUACAAAGUGAACCAAAUGGUUCUUUGUUAAAAUACUUAUUUUUUCCAGAAUAUAUGAUGCGUUUUUUCCUGGCUCAGUAACUAAGACUGUUUUUGUCUUUCUUUCUUUUUCUUUUUUUUCUUUUUUUUGUAAUCAAGCAUACUAAAUCUACACUUUUGCUUUUGUUUAGUAUGAUAGUUUCCCUGAUCACCUUGAAACACCUCCACAGGUCAUGAGUUGGUCUUAUGUCUGUUGGAAGUGCUCCAAACCAUAAACAAUAAAUAUGACUAAUCUUUGUGCAUACGUUUCAUAAUGUGACUUUUAAUACUAAGACCUGUGAAAAAUCAUUGUUAUUAUUAUUGUUAUUUGGUGACCUAGUGCUGAAAUGGUUGUGGCGUGAUUGUUAUCCUUUCUACUCUGCUUUCUCACUCCUUAAAUUAUUUUUCAUAUGCAGGUCUUACACUCUGGGCCUGACAGUGUGGAACAAGAAAGUCAGGACUUGUGACAUAGUGACUGUGCUCACACUCACCUCUCUGCUUUGGUCCCUGAAUGAUUCAAAAUGUUUAGCAUGAACUCAUCUAGUGUUAAAGGUUUUCAUUUCUCUGUGUUUGAAAUUCAUUUCUAUAGAUGUAUUUCUGUUUGGAAAAUAUGUUUGCAAUAAAAGCAUUCUGU